CUCGUCCAGCCCACUUCCGGGAUGGUGGCCCGCGAGCCCCAAGCUUCCUCCGCCUCCCGAGCGCGAAGCCCCGGCUCGGUGGGCCCCGCCGCCCGCGACGCUCGCCCGCCCCCUCCCGACCGCCUUCCCGGGCGGCGCGCAGCUCCACUUCCGGCGUGUGAGGCGGUGACAAUGGGAGCGGCGCGGGCGGCGCCGGGAGGCAGCUGACAGGCGUCUGCGGCUUCGCUUCAUGGCCGCUCUCCCGUGGCGCCUGGGCUCGGGAAGGAGUCGGGGAGCCCGCCGCGGCCCGGAGCCCGAGCCGCCGAGCCGCCAGGCCGAGCGGGGGAACGUGUGCGCGGCGCCGCUGGGGCGCAGCAUGUGAAGGGAAGACGGCGGGCAGCGCGGGCCGAGCCUCUCAGCCGGCCGGGAUGGCCACGACGGCCGAGCUCUUCGAGGAGCCUUUCGUGGCGGAUGAGUACAUUGAGCGCCUUGUGUGGAGAACCCCAGGAGGAGGCUCUAGAGGUGGGCCUGAAGCUUUUGAUCCCAAAAGGUUACUAGAAGAAUUUGUAAACCAUAUUCAGGAACUCCAGAUUAUGGAUGAAAGGAUCCAAAGGAAAGUGGAGAAAUUAGAGCAACAAUGCCAGAAAGAAGCCAAGGAAUUUGCCAAGAAGGUGCAAGAGCUCCAGAAGAGCAACCAGGUUGCUUUUCAGCAUUUCCAAGAACUAGAUGAGCACAUUAGCUAUGUGGCCACCAAAGUCUGUCACCUGGGAGACCAGCUGGAGGGAGUCAACACCCCCAGACAGCGGGCAGUGGAGGCGCAGAAGCUGAUGAAGUAUUUUAAUGAGUUUCUAGAUGGAGAAUUGAAAUCUGAUGUUUUUACAAAUUCUGACAAGAUAAAGGAGGCGGCAGACAUCAUCCAGAAGUUGCAUCUAAUUGCCCAGGAGUUACCUUUUGAUAGAUUUUCUGAAGUGAAAUCCAAAAUUGCAAGUAAAUACCACGAUUUAGAAUGCCAACUGAUUCAGGAAUUUACCAAUGCUCAAAGAAGAGGUGAAAUUUCCAGAAUGAGAGAAGUAGCAGCAGUUUUACUUCAUUUUAAGGGUUAUUCCCAUUGUGUUGAUGUUUAUAUAAAGCAGUGCCAGGAGGGAGCUUAUUUGAGAAAUGAUAUAUUUGAAGAUGCGGCAAUACUCUGUCAGCGAGUGAACAAACAAGUUGGAGAUAUCUUUAGUAAUCCAGAAACAGUACUUGCUAAGCUCAUUCAGAACGUGUUUGAAAUCAAACUACAGAGUUUUGUGAAAGACCAGUUAGAAGAAUGUAGGAAAUCUGAUGCAGAACAGUAUCUAAAAAACCUCUACGAUCUAUAUACAAGAACCACCAGCCUUUCCAGCAAAUUGAUGGAGUUUAACUUAGGUACUGAUAAACAGACUUUCUUGUCUAAGCUUAUCAAAUCCAUUUUCAUUUCCUAUUUGGAGAACUAUAUUGAAGUGGAGACUGGCUAUCUGAAAAGCAGAAGUGCUAUGAUCCUGCAGCGGUAUUAUGAUUCAAAAAAUCACCAGAAGAGAUCCAUUGGCACAGGAGGUAUUCAGGAUUUGAAAGAAAGAAUUAGACAACGUACCAACUUACCACUGGGGCCAAGUAUUGAUACUCAUGGGGAAACUUUCCUGUCCCAGGAAGUGGUGGUUAACCUCUUACAAGAAACCAAACAAGCCUUCGAAAGAUGUCAUCGGCUCUCUGAUCCUUCUGAUUUACCAAGGAAUGCCUUUAGAAUUUUUACCAUUCUUGUGGACUUUUUAUGCAUUGAGCAUAUUGAUUAUGCUUUGGAAACAGGACUUGCUGGGAUUCCUUCUUCAGAUUCUAGGAGUGCAAAUCUCUAUUUUUUGGAUGUUGUGCAGCAGGCCAAUACUGUUUUUCAUCUUUUUGACAAGCAGUUUAAUGAUCACCUCAUGCCACUGAUAAGCUCUUCUCCCAAGUUAUCUGAAUGCCUUCAGAAGAAAAAAGAAAUUAUUGAACAAAUGGAGAUGAAAUUGGAUACUGGUAUUGAUAGGACGUUAAAUUGCAUGAUUGGACAGAUGAAGCACAUUCUGGCUGCGGAACAGAAGAAAACAGACUUUAAGCCAGAAGAUGAAAACAAUGUGUUGAUUCAGUAUACUAAUGCCUGUGUAAAAGUCUGUGUUUAUGUAAGAAAACAAGUGGAAAAGAUUAAAAAUUCCAUGGAUGGGAAGAAUGUGGACACAGUUUUGAUGGAACUUGGAGUACGUUUUCAUCGACUUAUUUAUGAACAUCUGCAGCAGUACUCCUACAGCUGCAUGGGUGGCAUGUUAGCAAUUUGUGAUGUAGCUGAAUAUAGGAAGUGUGCCAAAGACUUCAAGAUUCCGAUGGUAUUACAUCUUUUUGAUACUCUGCAUGCACUUUGCAAUCUUCUGGUAGUGGCCCCCGAUAAUUUAAAGCAGGUCUGCUCAGGAGAACAACUUGCUAAUCUGGACAAGAACAUCCUUCACUCCUUCGUACAGCUUCGUGCUGACUAUAGAUCUGCCCGCCUUGCUCGACACUUCAGCUGAGGUUGAGGUAACCGAGGGAGUUUGUUGACGCGGCAGCCUCGCUGGAGGGAGAGUACGGAAGAUUGCCAUGAUGCAGCCAACAUUUUAUGAGAAAUGACUGGGAGAGAACAGCAGCCAUACUUACUGUUGGAACUUCACUUGAAAUUUGGAUACUAUUAUAUAUAUAUGUAUAUAUAUAUAAUAUAUAUAUUUUGCUUUGUAGCUCCCUAAGUUGAAUUUUUAAAACCAUUUUUGACUUAUAAAUUUCAAAUUCUGUAAAACCACAUGUCACUGUUUUUGUCCUGGGAAAUAGUGUCAGAAGACAAAUGAAAUAUUACCAGUGUUUCAGUUCUUGUUUUUGAUAUGUUCUGUCUGGAAAUUUUGUCAUCCCAUUUUUUCAUUGGUAACAAUUAAAAUACAGCAAAAUGGCAUUUAUUAUUCAUCACUUUUUAAUGAACAGCACUGGUAACUGUCUAUCAGAUUGUUCUAGGAUUCUUGAAAGAAAUUUUUGCCUCUGUCAAAAGGUGAACAAUUAAAUCAUAUUCCUAUAAUUGAAUUUUUUUCUGAGGUGCAAUAAUAAAUAAUAUGGUCCAAGAAAAAUGUUACAAACUAAAUAUGUGGACAAUAGGCAUGCACAUCCAUCUGUUUUCUCAGUUAAAAAAAAUUUAUUGUUUUUUAUUUGGUAAGUAAAUUUUAAUCCAGUUAAAGAAACUACCUUAUUUUAAAUUUUCAACAAGACCCCUAGCUAAAAGACAAUAUUUAUUCAUUAUUUGAAUAUAAUGGCAGUACAAGAAAUGUGAGGUAGCGCCUGAACGGUGCAUUUGAGAAGUGUAGACGAGUUUCUCAGCAGUGCAGUUCUGUGAAGAUGUGCAAGAUGGGACGUUUAAACAUGCGGUAGUCCUCUGUGUUAAGAAUUGACAAUUGGUAGGUAACGUUUAUGAUCUAAGGUAAGGUUGGAGACAAAUUUUUCGUAUUUUAUAGGUCUGUCAUUGUCCUUUUACAAGGCUUUUCUGAAAUUGGUCCCAGUUGUGUAUAGUUCAUCGAGUUGGCUUCCCACGGCGAUAUUAGUAAAUCACUGAUAAAAGUUCAAACAUUAAGUAAAAAUUGCGAAAGGCCACUAUUCAUUUUCCUGCAAAAAUACAUUUUAAAUUGUAUAUAGUGUUUCAGCUUCCUUUUUGUUUAUAGUCUCCUGGGAAUUUAUAAAUUAGUAAUUUAUUUUUGGCAUUUUUCUUUAAUGUGAGCUUUUUGGACCUAAUUUGGGGAAAUGCACUUAUUUUAUUUUAUUUUGAGAACUUGUUUCUGAGAGAUCACCAACUUUACCAAACCUUCCAUAUCCAGGACUAACUGUUGUUUAAGUUACCAUUGAUUGUAUUUUCUUUGUUUUCUAUUAAGCCCAGUGUUAUCAUAGUCAGCAAAGGAAAUGAAAUAUGCCAACUUUUAUCAAACCAUUUUAGGACAUUGUGGCGCCAUUAGAAAGUUGAAAAGAUUUGUAAUCCCUAGCCAAGGAGGAGUCAGAACAUGUUUUGAAUAUUAGAGUUAUUUCUGUGUAUGGUUGCCAUUUUAGAAAGAGCUAUGAAUGUGAAUUCAAAUUAUACCUCUGUUCCUAAAGCCAACAAUUUUAAGGCAGUAGUUUUAUGGGCCAUUUGAACUCUUUGUACAGUGACAAUUUGUAAAAUAAAUAAAUACAAAGACCUCACAAAAUAUGAGAGAACAUUUUAAGACUACCAAAUCAGAGAUAUGUUUCAAAUUAUUUUAUUUGGAUUAAUUUUUUAAUGUAAAGCAUAUACUUGUUGCUAGAUACUUUGUUAAUUAUUAUUUCCAUGCUUGAGUUCUGUGCAAUAUUUUCCAUUAUAUCCUUUGACAGGAUAAUGACAAAGCUCAUAAGUGAAUAUUUAAUUUAGAAGUGUUAACAUUAAUGCUCAAUAAACAAAUUCCCUCCAAUUGCUUUUUUCAUUUCACUCCAGUCUUACAUUUUAAAAUAUCCAUACUGAGUUUUAGGAAUGAUUUUAAGAUAUUUCUUCUUUCUCUUUUUCCUUUUUAGCAAAAAAAAUCCUGAUCCCUACUGUAGAACCAAGAUUAGAAAUUUAACCUGAACAGAUGGUCUUUCUGUAAGAAAAAAAAAAAAAGAAUGUAUUGAAUGAAUCAUAUGCAUUCUUGCUGUUCUCAUUUAUAAAGUGCUUUCAUAUUUAUAGCUAUUACAAAAAUUUCCCCAA